UGAAUUUGUGCAUGCAGCAAACGUUUUCCGGAUUUUAGUUGUGACGACGUUAAAAAUUAGCAGCCAAUUUGUAGUAGGAAUUUAAAAAUAAAAUCCAGAAGUUAAUACAUCUCACUAAAAAUUGUUCGGAAUAAAAAAAGUCCACACUGUAAUUUAAAUCCAGUGGAAAAUUUCCUUCGGGGUACGUUUGGGUAUACCAUUCAGUUUUUGUGGAAACUUAUAAAUAGGAUUUUGACAAUACCACUCAUCCGUGAUGGAGCUAAAUAUAGUUGAUAACUUUGUUCAAUUUAUUGCAAAUUGUGUAAGUUCAUUUUUGGAUUUUUUGCAUCGGAUUACACCGGAAUACAGGCCCCUGCGUAUAAUUUCAGAAAUUGCUAAAGAAUAUUUAGAACAAAGCAACCACGCAGAUCUACCCCAGGAUCUAUUUUCGUCUGUGAUAAGUAAUGAUAAUGUUAUAGAAUUUUUAAAUUUAAAUAACGAAGUAAAACUUAAGGAAACUAGUGAACCAUUUAAAUAUUCACUUGCAUACGGUUUUAAUAAAAACAUGGAAAAUCUAGCUUCUUAUUUAUUUGAAUUCCCAAUUGUCGAAUAUUCUAUUGAGGCAGCCAAAAUCAAACAGGUUUUUAAUGAUCAUAUUGCUCCAAAUUGUAAAGAUAUAUAUACCAAUUCAACAAUAAAUAGAAAAAUAUCACGUGAUGUAGCCGUUAAAAAAAGACUUGGAAAAUUGUGCGACGGAUAUUUAUUCAAUAAUGCAGGCUUUCCUAAUGUAGAUAAAAAUAUAUUUAAGGGAAUAAUGCAGGUACAUACAGAUAUGAUAGAUACAAUUAAAAAAAAGGAGUUUAUAAUUAAAGUUAAAAAUUAUAUGAAAACAGAACACCUAAAUUAUUAUCACAACCGUUUUCAAGAUGAGUUAGCUCAAAUUAUUAAAACUAAUUUAAAAGAAAUUUUACAAAAUAACAAAUUUCAUAUUAUUUCACCAAAUUAUGUUUUCGAUGAAGAAUCUAAUGAUGAAAAUGAUUCUGUUUUUUGGUCAAAAAUAUUCGCUUAUAGCGAUCUCCAUAGACAAAACUAUUAUAUUUGGAAGGAAUUGCUUUCAAAUUUAAAUCCAAAAUUUGACGGGGUUGUAAAGAUGGUAGAUUGGAAUUUAAAAAAAUUACAACUUAAUGUCUACGAGACUAUAACAAUUUCUAACAAAUUUAAUUAUGUAUCAUUCAUAAAUUAUGCUGGAAAUUCAACGUUCAAAGAUUUGCAUGAAAAGUUGAAGCAACUAGUGGCUGAAAAUAAUUUAAAAAAUGAAACUAUUGUAGAAAACAUCAGAACGUUUUUAUCUGACGGAACCCUUCCCAAUAUUCCAGAAAUGUUUCACGCCUUUUUCGCUACUUUUCUUAUCCAUUUAUUUGGGCUAGAAUGUAGAACAAAUUCACUAGCUUUGGUUCAUAUUUUGAUGGGUUUAGAUAUUCUAAGAUUUAACCCUGAUUCUAGUUUAGAUUGGAUCACGACAAAAUUGCCGUGUAGUAUAAGUGGAGCGAAGAAAGUUGCUAAAUAUAUUAAAUCUCCAUUAAAUAAAAUAGAUGAUAAAAUAUUGCAAGAAUAUAUUGCAAAAGAAAACGAUUUAAUUAAUGAGUGGAAAGCUAAAGUUCUUAAAGAUGGUGAAGAUUUUAACACAGUUCUUUCCGACAAUGUUAAAUAUUAUUUGUCACGUGAUUAAAUAAAAAAAAAUUAUAAAUUAUGAAAAAUUGAAUACAAUAAACUUUAAAAUAGUAUAUAUAUAUAUGUAAAUUAUUUUUAAAUUCGACUUUUUAAAAAUUAAGGUUAGGAAAUUUAAUGUACGACUCCUUUGUAGUCAGCUUUUCUGAUGUGUAAUUUAUGUAAUGUGUACCUAUAUACAAUAAUACUGAAAAUAUUGUGAAUAAUUUGUCAUUACAUAUAAAAGUUAAACACAGAGCCAAGGAAAGAAAAAAUGUAAAUUAGUCAAGUUAAAUUUCUUUCAAAUUGUUGAAAUGAAGCAAAAUUAAAUAUUACAAUAGCAUAAUUUCUACUUAAUAAGUAUUUAUUUAAGCAUUAAAUUAAUUUGGACGAGUGGAACGAGUGAACGAGUGGAACUAUCACAUUUCCAAAAUUGUGUGUCAAGCUGUGGGUAAAUUGUAUCAAUUAAAAAAAUUAUUUAAGUCUGGUUUUUCUGUUCCCGAAUUAAUUCACGCUUUUAAUGUGUAUAUUAGAUCUGGUUUAGAAUAUUGUGCAGUUGUUUGGGGUCCCGGUUUACCAGCUAAACUUGUUCACAAAUUGGAACGAGUGCAAAAAAUUGCGCUUUCCAUUAUUUUAAGAAAACGGGUUGAUCAUAGCAAUUAUGUCGAUGUGUUGAAUUCGUUUAAAAUCGAGUCUCUUGAAAUGCGUAGAGACAUUUCACUUAAAAGAUUCGGGUUUAAACUAGUUAUUGGUCGUUAUUCUGCUUUUUUGCCUAAUUUUGAUACUUGUUCAUCUGGUAUGAUGUUAAGAAAAACUAAUAUUAUUCAUCAGGCCAAUAUUAAAAAUGUAAAAUAUUAUAAUUCGACAUUACCCACAUUAAUUAGAUUAAUUAAUACCGAAUACAGGGAAAAAUGCACUAUAUUUAGUUGCAAAUAUGAAACUAUUUUAACGCUGAGAGAACAAAACUUGUUGUAAGUGUGUAUUUAUAAGUAUUAUUAAGCAUUAUGUAUAACUAAUAGUAGUGGCUUAGAGAGUUUGUAAACUGUCGAAACCAUGUAUGAUGCUUACUUAAAUUAACUAAUGUUGGUAGAGUCUCCUUCUCUAAUUUGUAACAUGAGAUGUUUUUUUUGUAUCACAUAUUAUGAUAAGAUCAGUAUAAUAAAUACUAUUAUUAUUAUUAUUA